AGGACUGCUGUUUCGGAUAAAGUGGUUCCCUUGUCAACUGGUGACUGACCCCCUUUAUCGUCCUCAAAACAAAGAUAGAGACUCACCAAAAGGAUGACAGUUUGAAAUUCACUGUAAAUAUAGCUGAACAUUGUCCACCACCAUAGCUGCGGAUUUAUGGAAGGUUUUUUUAGCAUCUGCUGUUACGUUCUGAAAGGAAGUUUGCCUCCAGUCAAGAGGGGAACCAGUUAGUCUAAACCACCGAGUCGCCCACAUGUCAGGAUACAUCGACUGUCACUGUCACAUCUCUGCCGGGGAUUUUGACAAGGAUAUAAAUGAGGUUAUUGAGAAUUCCAAAAAGGCUGGACUGUUGGCGUUGUUAGCAGUGGCCGAGCAUGCUGGAGAAUUUGACAAGAUUAUUGAAUUAUCACAGAGGUUUCCAGGUUUUAUCUUCCCCUGUUUAGGAGUCCACCCAGUUCAAGAAGUCUCCCCAGAGCAGCAGAGAGGAGCUUUAAUUCAGGAUCUUGAUGCUGCUUUGCCAAUCAUAGAGAAAUACAAAGACCAACUUGUCGCCAUCGGGGAGGUUGGCUUGGAUUUCACGCCCAGAUAUGUGAGCAGCGACACAGACAAAGAGAGUCAGAGGAACGUCCUCGUCCGUCAGGCACAGAUCGCCAAGGAGCUGGAUCUCCCCCUAAAUGUCCAUUCGCGGUCUGCAGGAAGGCCCACCAUCCACCUCCUGAAGGAGCAAGGGGUGGAAAAGGCUCUUCUUCAUGCGUUCGACGGGAAGCCGUCGGUUGCCAUGGAGGGCGUGAAGGCCGGAUAUUUCUUUUCCAUCCCCCCCUCCAUCGUGCGCAGCGAGCAGGUACGGCCGAGUUUUCUUUAUGUGUUUUCCACCAAGAAGCAGAAACUUGUGAAACAGUUGCCGUUGGAGAACAUCUGUCUGGAAACUGAUUCGCCUGCGCUCGGCCCAGAAAAACAGGUGAGAAAUGAGCCAAAAAACAUCUGCGUCUCUGCCGAGUACAUCAGCAAGAUUAAAGGAGUGUCUCUGGAAACGGUGAUGGAGGUGACCACACAGAACGCUCUUCGACUCUUCCCAAAACUGAAGUCUGCAAUCAGACCCUGAAGAAGCCUUGAAAAUUCAUUUUAUCAAGAAAUAUCCCUAAAUCAUUUGUCCACAACCUCCUGUGACCAUCUUAGUUUUUAUUCUGAUGCAUCUGAAAUGUCAGAGUCUUAUAUUUGGAAUUAAAAGGCUUUAAGGACGUUGUCCAUUUGUGACUGCGAUGGCUGAAAUAAAGAAGAACACGAUUGCAAUUUGA